UCCCCGGAGCAGCAUCCAGGCAGCCGCUGCUCCUCUUCUCGGCAGAAGCUGGGGACAUGGAGCCGCUCCCAGCCCUCCUUGAUUAGGAUAUGUCAGGGUUGUCAGGGCAACUGUUAAUGGCAUCGGACCAUAUUUUCCCCUCUGUGCUGUGUGCUGAGUAUUUUGCUGUGCGGCAGCAGGAAGAGGAUUGGGAAAAAGUGCUGCAGCAGGAGGGAGAAGCUGGGAUCUGAUUGAACGGCAGCGGUAUGCCUGGAUCAGCUACAGCUCUCCGACCAGAGAGACUGAAGAAGACCAAUGCAAGGCCAAUUCCCCUUGGUUUAUUCACCAUUAAUGAGGAAGAUGAACAGCAAAAGAAUGGAAAUUCCAGAAGACCGAAAGCGCCCGACAGCUACAAAGUGCAAGAGAAGAAAACUGCUGCCUCCAGCCGGCCCCACACUGCGGUUUCAGGACAAAAUAGCAACCACUCAGGAAAUAAGCCAGACCCUCCACCUGUGCUGCGGGUCGAUGACCGGCAGCGCCUGGCCCGGGAGCGGCGGGAGGAACGGGAAAAGCAGCUAGCUGCGAGAGAAAUACUCUGGUUAGAAAAAGAAGAGCGAGCCAGACAGCACUACGAAAAGCACCUGGAAGAGAGGAGGAAGAAGUUGGAAGAGCAGCGGCUGAAGGAAGAGCGGAGGAGGGCUGCUGUGGAGGAGAAGCGGAGGCAGAGACUAGAGGAAGACAAAGAGCGCCAUGAAGCCGUCGUACGUCGCACGAUGGAAAGGAGCCAGAAGCCCAGGCAGAGGCAGAACCGGUGGUCGUGGGGAGGUCCUCUCCACGGGAGCCCCGGCAUCCACAGCACAGGUGGUUUUGUUGAGUCAUCAUUCACCUUUCUCGAUUUAGCAGGCCUGGACCACCACUGCACAGCUUUGGGUGGUGCUAGAACAUCUGAUCCAGACAGGAGGUCAGUUUCCACCAUGAAUCUUUCGAAACAUGUUGAUCCGGUCAUUAGCAAGCGGCUCUCCUCUUCAUCUGCAACUUUACUAAAUUCUCCAGAUAGAGCUCGCCGCCUGCAGCUCAGCCCAUGGGAGAGCAGCGUUGUUAACAGACUGUUGACGCCCACACAUUCGUUCCUGGCCAGAAGUAAAAGUACAGCUGCCUUGUCUGGAGAUACAGUUAUCCCCAUUUGUCCUCGUUCAGCAUCUUGCAGCCCCAUCAACAUCAUGUCGUACAAAGCUGCACACUCUAGAAAUCCGGUGGAUCGAACAAAAUUCUUUGUAACACCGCCCGAUGGCUCUGCGCGAAGGAGGACUCUCCAUGGCACAGUGGCCUAUAAAAGAGAAAGGGAGAGAGAGAACACACCCUUCCAUCUCACAUCCGGCCUCCGAAGGACGUCCUCUCCAUCUCACCCCAAAGCCAGAUCCCCAGCUUCCUCCCGACUGUGGCUCCCAUCCAAGUCCCUCCCUCAUUUGCCUGGCACACCCAGACCAGCGUCCUCCCUGCCUCCCGGGUCUGUCAAAGCUCCCCCUGCCCAGGUCCGGCCCCUGUCCCCCGGCAACAUCCGCCCUGUCAAGAAAGAAGCCAGAGUGGAAGCUGAGAGGAAAGACCCUGAGAAGGAACCUCAGAAAGUAGCCAGUGAGCCCUCACUAAAGGGCAAGUCACCUCUCGUGAAGGUAGAAGAAGCCACAGUUGAAGAAGGGACACCCGGUGGGCUAGAGGCUGCUUCUGCUGCUCUGGCCCCGGCUCCAGUCCCAGCCCCCACUCCAGCCUCAGCCACGGCCCCAGCCCCAGUGUUGGCCCCAGUCGCGACCCCAGCCUCGACCCCAGUCUCAACUCCAGUGCCGGUCUCAGUGCCGUCACCCACUGUGACGGCCAGUGCUUCUCCUAAGACUUCGGCAGGCACCACCGACCCAGAAGAAGCCACAAGGCUGCUGGCUGAGAAGAGGCGGCUGGCCCGAGAGCAGAGAGAGAAGGAGGAGAGGGAGAAGAGGGAGAGGGAAGAGCUAGAAAGACAAAAGAGAGAAGAAUUGGCUCAAAAGGUGGCGGAAGAGCGAGCUCGCCGGGAGGAAGAGUCCCGCCGGCUAGAAGCUGAGCAGGCCCGGGAGAGGGAAGAGCAGCUGCGGAGGCAGGCAGAGGAGCGGGCGCAGCGUGAGCGGGAGGAGAUGGAGCGUCUGCAGAAACAGAAAGAAGAAGAAGCUCGUGCUCGAGAAGAAGCAGAGAGAGUCCGACAGGAACGGGAGAAGCAUUUCCAGAGAGAAGAGCAGGAGCGCCUGGAGAGAAAGAAGCGACUUGAGGAGAUUAUGAAAAGAACCAGAAGAACAGAAGCUACAGAUAAGAAAACUGUAGAUCAGAGAAAUGGAGAUAUAGCCAAGGGAGCUCUCGCUGGCGGAACAGCGGUAUCUGCACUGCCGUGCAUGACAAGCUCUCCAGGAGACGGAGAACCGGGAGCCAGCCCACUUGCGGUUACCUCACACCAAUCAAAAGUGACUGUGGACAGUACUCCCAAUUUGGAAAAACAACCAAAUGAAAAUGGAAUAUCUCUUCAGGAUGAAAAUUUUGAAGAAAUCAUAAACUUACCCAUUGGAUCUAAAGCAUCCAGAUUAGAUGUUACCAACAGUGAGAACCCAGAAAUUCCUUUGAAACCAAUUUUGGCCUUUGAAGAUGAAGGGACGCUUGGGCCGUUGCCUCAGGUAGAUGGUGUUCAAACACAACAGACAGCAGAAGUUAUAUGAGCAUCUCUACUGAAGCACCAAAGCAGAAAUUUAAUGAGAACUUCUACAAUUAAUGGGAUCCCUCCCGUGCUGUAAAGGAGCAUCCCCCAUCCUCCCAUUUUCUAAAGAUUUCUUGACCAUCAUUUUGAAAUGACUUUAUUAAAACCAGCUGAAGACCACAGACUGGAUCGCUCUUCUAAUAAUUUUUGCCAGUAGAAAAAAAGAAAUGCUUCUUGUUCUUCAGUACUUUGAAAUGGCUUUUCCCAGUGAGCUCCUUUUAGCAAAUCAAUAUUUUUUUUUCAUUCUCUGAAAGAUGAGAGCAUUUGGCUGUAAGAGAAAUGGGCCAACUUGGUAUGACUAUUCACAUAGAUGUUUCGGUCUUUAAAAGCUAACAGGUAAAAUUGGCACAAAAAAUUUACCUUUUACAAUACUUGAAAAAUAAGUACCUCCUUGCUCGACAAGUAGAAUGAAUAGGAGAGGUGUUUAAAUUAAGCCUGUUUGUUUAAAUAAUAUUGCAAAGAGAUCUAUUUGUAGAGGCAAAUUAUAGGCAGGUUACCAGUUUCUUGUAAAUGCAGCCUGUACAUUCUGCAAACCCAGCUGUCACAUUCUUGCAUUUCUUUUUCCAAAAGCAUACUAAACAGUUUUUAAAUGUGAAGAAAAAAAAAACAUUAUUUUUUCAGAGCAAGAAAAUAAUUUACUGUCCUCUAAAGUAAUGUAUUUAUAAAGUUUUUCCAGAUAAACUAAUCAAAUAAAUUAGAAUAACGUGACAACAGUGCAGAUUUGAUUUAUUAGGUUCAUUCCUUGUGUUACCAUAAGAGAAUGUUACUGAUUAUUCAGGGUUCUUUCCAAAGUCUGUGUAUUGCUGCUGUCCCCAGUGAUGAUGGGACUCAUCUUUGCCUUACCUGAUCACAAGCUAUGGGGGGAGGGGGAUAGAAAGAGUUGAUAUUUCUUUAAAUAAAAAAACACUUGGUUUUGCUCGUUUAAGAGCAACGAGAACAUGGAGCGUUGACUGCUGGGCACACCCCUCCUGAGUGUCCUUGCUGUGCGCGGCAUCCAUCAGCUCUCACCUUUCGCUGUUCUUCACCUUCGCUGCUGAGCUUAGCUGUACAAACUUGCACUUUCACUUACUAAUCUAAAUUCCAUUUUAUUUUACCAUUUUAGAAGCUAUAAAUAACUAAAUAUUGAAGGAGAGGGAACACAUGUUUUUAUGUGGAGUAUAAAAAAAGGUAAACUUCGACCACUGUAGUGUAUUGGUUUUUAUUAAAAGAAAGAUUGGUUAAUCUACUA